GAUAUUUAGUUAAAGUUAAAUCGUUGCGCGCGCAUGUAGUCACGAUGGAUAAUGUGAAAAUAAAAUAAAAAAAAAUCUUUCUGUUCGCAUGAUGUUGAUAUGUGUUUUUGUUUUUGCGUUUAUUUUUCCUGCCUUUCAAACAACAUUUUUAAUUCGGUAGUUUGUCUGCGGUGUUGUUCAAUUUUGAAAAAUCAUUAAAAAUUUUGUUUCGACUAUCGAUUGUGCAUCAGCGAAAGUUAUAUCUCUACAAUUCCAUAUGGCAAACGAUUUUUGUGUUUAAAAUUGAUGAUUUCGUGUUUAAUGAUACGGAGUCAAAGGUUCGUUACAUGUCAUUAUCGAAACAAUCAAUCGUAUAAAUCAUAUUUUAGCAGUUAUAUCCACAUCAGUGCGAGAAGUGAAAAUUAAUUUUGUCGAACUUUAAAUUGAAAAUAUUGAUUGGGAACCAUUCGUCUUUUUCGUUGGCAAGAUGGACUUAAAAGUUUUGCAAAAAUACGAACAGAAAAAGCCUAAUGUGGUUUUCAUGUAAGACUAGCUUUGAUAGUGUUCCAAAUAGGGUUAAACUGAUGAUUAAGGUCAUGGCAUUCGUUGCUCUGGUUUUGUAUUUAACUUUGGUUCUGUGCCAGAACGUAAGCGGAUAUCAAGAUUUAAAGCUAAGUGAUUCGUUUCGAAGAGUGGCUAAUACAGUUGAUGUUAAACAUGACUUUCGAAUAAAGACAAACAUAAAGCCGAAAGAUGAAUUGAAAAUACGAUCAGCAGCAACAUCAGCAACACCGAAACCUCCAACAAUCGAAUUGAAUGAUAUUUUUAUAAGUGUUAAAACAACAAAAAGUAAUCACAACAAUCGGCUGGACCUUAUAUUAAAUACUUGGCACCAAUUAGCUAAAGAACAGACUUGGUUCUUCACUGACGAUGACGAUAAAGUUUAUCAAGACAAAACCGGUGGUCACUUAAUAAAUACGAAUUGUUCGAAUGGUCACUUCCGACGAGCACUAUGUUGUAAGAUGUCUGUAGAGCUGGACAUGUUUCUGGAAAGUUCAAAGAAAUGGUUCUGCCAUUUCGACGACGACAACUAUGUAAACGUGCCCCGUUUGGUGAGCCUACUAAACGAAUACAGUCCAACCAUGGAAUGGUAUUUGGGUAAACCGAGUGUAGCGUCUCCGUUGGAAAUUCAUCUCGAAUAUAAAAAGCGUAAAGUAUCGGAGCCAAGAGUGAAGUUUUGGUUUGCAACUGGUGGAGCUGGUUUCUGUAUCAGUCGAUCAUUGGCUCUGCGUAUGAUGCCCAUUGCAGGUGGUGGCAAAUUUAUUAGCAUCGGCGAUCGAAUCCGUUUUCCUGACGAUGUGACUAUGGGAUUCGUUAUAGAACAUCUUCUCAGCGUACCGUUAACGGUGGUCGAUCAAUUCCAUUCACACUUGGAGCCAAUGGAAUACAUCGGUUCUGAUACUUUUCAAAAUCAAGUGUCGUUCAGUUACGGUAAAAACCAAAACGAUUGGAAUGUAAUCAACAUUGAUGGCUUCGACAAACUAUCAGAUCCAACGAGGUAUCGUUCACUGCAUUGUCAUUUGUUUCCACAACAGUGUAAGAGAUGAUGGUCGCUAACCGACGUUGACGCGAUUUCUGAUUUAUUUUAUGUAAAACUAAUGAGUAGAAUCAAAAGUCGAUAAAAAA